AAAGAUAUAGUGAUAAUGCUCAGCUUGGAUAUAAGGAUACAGACUUAUAUUUAUUUCAAGAUGAAACUCCAGAUAGUGUAAUUACAGAAUCUUAUCAUAUUCGAGGCAAAGCCUAUUACUAUGUUUUGGCAAAUAAGUCUACAACAUCUAAAUAUAAAGGAGUUAGCAAAAAGAGUAUAAGUGAAAUGGCUAUGAACUCUUAUAUGCCAGCUUUAGAAGGGUCCUUGCUAGAUGACUGUCUCUUUGAUAAGGAAGUAUUCUAUGCCAAAAAUGUGCGUAUUCAUUCAAAAGACCAUAUAUUAUCUUUGGUUGAAUCAGAAAAGAAGGCUCUUUGCCCUAUAGAUACUAAGCAUUGGAUAUUAUCUGAUAAAAUAACUA